UUCACACUGAAAGAAAUAAGUAUUGAUCCACGAUAAGCCAGCUUUUGGCUCAUUUUUUCAAAUAGACUUUGAGUCAACAGUUCUUCUCCAAUAGUUUCGCGUGCGCGGUCGCGGCAUCAGCAUACACGUUUCCGAAGACAUACCAGGGAGAUCUGUUCAGAAAGCACGCCCGAAUUUCCACUAGCUUGGUUCCCUAUUUCUAGAACUCCUUUAUCCAAAUAUGUUCAAGUCUCGCCCUUUGGCUCUGGUGGCUAGCAUUAUCAGGCAGCGUGCGGCCACACUCAAAUCGGUUUCUCGGCUUUCAAGAGCUCGUGUAUUACUGGUCAGAAACUCCAGCCAUGCUGUGAUAGUACCCAGAAGAGGCUACGUGAUUUCCACCGAUGGCACCAAUAUCGAGAAUCUUAUCGACCAGAUAUCUGACGCGCAGUACAGUCGAAUUGCGAAUGAGUAUUUAGAGACGUUGAGUGAAGACAUGGAAGAUUUGUGUGACGAGUUUCCUCAAAUCGAUGUGGAGCUCACUCAAGGAGUAAUGACGUUGACUGUUGCGGAAGGAAAAACGUAUGUAAUCAACAGACAGCCUCCCAACAAGCAGAUCUGGCUCAGUAGUCCUUACAGUGGUCCAAAGCGCUACGAUUUGAUUGGAGGCCGGUGGAUCACUUUGAGAGAUAAUUCGAGCUUGACGGAUCUUCUACAGGAGGAGUUGGGAGCAGAGCUUGGCCAGGAAAUCAGCUUGAAUGUCCAGCUGUAGGACCCGACGCUGAGGUGGGCGAAGAAUGUCUCACAUUGUAUAUAUUGAUUCCAACAUGAAGCCAGCCAGGUAGUAUAUCUUUCAAUUUAGCUUGUAUUUCACCAUGCUAUGAUUGGCAAGAGCCAGCUGGCGCUGGCGAAAGCCCCCUAUUCCCCAAUGGCCAGCGACUGUUUGUCGCAUCUUGUGAUGACGCCGCUUGAGAGCGUGCUUUAUUUUACACGUCCGCCCGAAUUAUUGCACGAGCCUGCCAUUUUCUGGAAAGAAGGGUGGGCCGCCUUGAAAGCAGUAGGAAUGCUCGCAGUGCUACUUUGAGUAGUGACUGAGCCACUUUUGGUCAAGCCUUGGAAUGCCUUCGAAGGCAUACAUGCGGAUACCCGCAGCCACAAGGAUUAAUAAAGAAUGAUACAGCAGACAGUAUAUCCAGGAAAACAU